CAAGCCACAUCUCAGUGAGGUGGCAUUUCGUUGUGGUCGUCCUGAGGUCAGUGGACAGCGUUUUGCCUUUGUUUGGAUUUCCACAUCUCGCCCGUCUCUGAGGUGGCUUCAGAGGACUUUCCAUCAUGUCGCACUUUGACGUGAGGGAGUUUGGAGUGGCUGCACCGUUUUUACGCAAAUCUGAUCUGGAGCUGCUGGCGGCGCACACAGUCCCUUUUGACGGUAAGAAGCGAGCUUGGAUCCCUGAUGAAAAAGAUGCAUAUAUUCAGAUUGAGAUCAAGGAGCGCAGCAGUGACAAAGUCAUUGUUGAGACCAAAGAUGGGAAGACCCUGACAGUGAAAGACUCAGACAUCCAGCAGAUGAAUCCUCCAAAGUAUGACAUGAUUGAAGACAUGGCCAUGCUGACACACCUCAAUGAGGCGUCUGUGCUUUAUAAUCUGCGCAGACGCUACUCUGCCUGGAUGAUCUAUACCUACUCUGGGCUGUUCUGUGUGACAGUGAACCCAUACAAGUGGCUACCUGUGUACACAGCUCCUGUGGUUUCAGCCUACAAAGGCAAGCGGCGCUCUGAGGUGCCGCCACACAUCUACUCCAUUGCAGACAACGCCUACAAUGAAAUGCUGCGCAAUCGGGAGAACCAGUCCAUGCUCAUCACCGGAGAAUCCGGUGCUGGCAAAACUGUCAACACGAAACGAGUCAUUCAGUAUUUUGCCAUUGUGGCAGCUCUGGGGGAAACACCGGCCAAAAAAGGACAAGGUCCUACCACUAAAACAGGGGGAACGCUGGAGGAUCAGAUCAUCGAGGCAAAUCCGGCCAUGGAGGCGUUUGGUAAUGCCAAAACACUGAGGAAUGACAACUCGUCCCGAUUUGGUAAGUUCAUCAGGAUCCAUUUUGGACGUACUGGAAAACUGGCUUCGGCUGAUAUAGACAUAUAUCUCCUGGAAAAAUCCAGAGUGAUUUUCCAGCAGCCCGGUGAGAGGAGCUACCACAUCUACUAUCAGAUCAUGUCGCAGAAGAAACCAGAACUGCUAGACAUGCUGCUGGUGUCCUCCAACCCGUACGACUACCACUUCUGCUCCCAGGGCGUGACCACUGUGGAGAGCAUGGAUGAUGGACAGGAACUGUUGGCCACUGAUCGUGCCAUGGACAUCCUGGGCUUCCUCCCUGAUGAGAAAUACGGCUGCUAUAAGAUAGUUGGAGGCAUCAUGCAUUUUGGCAACAUGAAGUUCAAACAGAAGCAGCGCGAGGAGCAGGCGGAGGCCGACGGCACAGAAAGUGUGGACAAGGCCUCGUAUCUGAUGGGAGUCAGUUCAGCCGACCUCAUCAAGGGCCUGCUUCACCCAAGGGUGAAGGUGGGGAACGAGUAUGUGGUCAAAGGACAGAAUGUGGAACAGGUUACCUAUGCUGUGGGAGCGCUGGCCAAAGCCACAUAUGACCGCAUGUUCAAGUGGCUGGUGGGCCGGAUAAACCGCACGCUGUACACCUCUCUGCCUCGCCAGUACUUCAUAGGAGUCCUGGACAUUGCUGGGUUUGAGAUAUUCGAACUCAACAGCUUCGAGCAGCUGUGCAUCAACUUCACAAAUGAGAAGCUGCAACAGUUUUUCAAUCACCACAUGUUCAUCCUGGAACAGGAGGAGUACAAGAGAGAAGGCAUCGAGUGGACCUUCAUUGACUUUGGGCUGGACCUUCAAGCCUGUAUUGAUCUCAUUGAAAAGCCACUGGGCAUAAUGUCCAUCCUUGAAGAGGAAUGCAUGUUCCCGAAGGCAACAGACAACAGCUUCAAAGCUAAGAUGUAUGAUAACCACCUCGGCAAGUCAUCUAAUUUCCAAAAACCACGACCAGACAAGAAGCGCAAAUAUGAGGCCCAUUUUGAGGUGGUGCAAUAUGCUGGAGUGGUACCAUAUAAUAUCUCUGGCUGGUUAGACAAAAACAAGGACCCGCUGAAUGAGACAGUGGUAGCAUGUUUCCAAAAGUCCUCCAACAAACUUCUGGCUUCUCUGUACGAAAAUUACAUUGCAUCAGACUCAGCAUCCGACACCAAGAUGGGUGGCAAGGAAAAGAGGAAGAAGGCAGCUUCUUUCCAGACUGUGUCUCAGCUUCACAAGGAAAAUCUGAAUAAGCUGAUGACCAACCUCCGCAGUACACAGCCCCACUUUGUUCGCUGCAUCAUCCCUAAUGAGACCAAGACUCCAGGGAUCAUGGACCCGUUUCUGGUGCUGCACCAGCUGCGCUGUAACGGUGUGCUGGAAGGCAUCAGGAUCUGCAGGAAGGGCUUCCCCAACCGAAUCCUUUAUGGCGAGUUCAGACAGCGCUACCGCAUCCUGAACCCACAUGCCAUCCCUGAUGAUAAGUUUAUGGACAGCAGGAAAGCUGCAGAGCAGCUGCUGGCCUCCCUGGAUGUCGACUGCAACCAGUUUAGAUUUGGACACACAAAGGUAUUCUUCAAGGUGGGCCUGCUGGGUCACCUGGAGGAGCUGAGGGAUGAGCGUCUGGCCAAAGUCCUGACGCUGCUGCAGGCGGCCGCUCGUGGUAAAAUAAUGAGGUUGGAGCUGCAGAAGAUGACGGAAAGGAGAGAGGCUCUGAUGAUCAUCCAGUGGAAUAUCCGUGCUUUCAACGCUGUCAAGCAUUGGCCUUGGAUGAAGCUCUUCUUUAAAAUAAAGCCUCUUCUGAAGAGCGCAGCGAGUGAGAAAGAGCUGAUCUCUCUGAAAGAGGAGGUGGCCAAGCUGAAGGAGGCUCUUGACAAAUCAGAGGUCAGGCGGAAAGAGCUGGAGGAGAAGCAGGUCAGCCUGAUCCAAGAGAAGAACGACCUCUCUCUGCAGCUGCAAGCAGAGCAGGACAAUCUUGCUGAUGCCGAGGACCGCUGCGACCUGCUCAUCAAAACUAAGAUCCAGCUGGAGACCAAAGUCAAGGAACUCAUGGAGAGGCUGGAGGACGAGGAGGAGAUGAGCGCUAAUGUGCUCGCUAAGAAGCGAAAGCUGGAAGAUGAGUGCGUUGAGCUGAAGAAAGACAUAGAUGACCUGGAGAUCACCCUGUCUAAAGUAGAAAAGGAGAAGCAUGCCACUGAGAACAAGGUGAAAAACCUGAUAGAAGAAAUGGCUGUUCUGGAUGAAACCAUAAUGAGGCUGACCAAGGAGAAGAAAGCUCUUCAGGAGGCUCACCAGCAGACUUUGGAUGACCUUCAAGCAGAGGAAGAUAAAGUCAACACUCUGACUAAAGCCAAGGUCAAGUUAGAGCAACAAGUAGAUGAUCUAGAGGGCUCCUUGGAACAAGAGAAAAAGCUGCGUAUGGACCUGGAAAGGGUUAAGCGUAAGCUGGAGGGAGAUCUGAAACUCUCCAUGGAGUCUCACAUGGACCUGGAGAAUGACAAGCAGCAACUCGAAGAGAAUCAGAAAAAGAAAGACUUUGAAAUGAACGAGAUGAGAACAAGGAUGGAAGAUGAGCAAGCUCUGGUCAACCAGCUUCAGAAGAAGAUUAAAGAACUGCAGGCUCGUACAGAGGAGCUGGAAGAAGAGCUGGAGGCUGACAGGGCCUGCAGGGUGAAGGUGGAGAAGCAGCGUGGCGAUGUGGCUCGUGAGCUGGAGGAACUGAGCGAGCGCCUGGAGGAGGCAGGUGGGGCCACGUCUGCUCAGAUUGAGAUCAACAAGAAGAGAGAGGUGGAUUUUCUGAAGCUGAGGCGAGAUCUGGAGGAGACCAUGAUGCACCACGAGGCCACCACCGCGGCUCUACGGAAGAAGCACGCCGACAGCAUUGCAGAGCUGAGUGAGCAGAUGGAUAGCCUGCAGAGAAUCAAACAGAAGCUGGAGAAGGAGAGGAGCGAGGCCAAGUUGGAGGCCGACGACCUAGCCUCCACUGUGGAACAGCUCUCCAAAGCCAAAGCUAAUUCAGAGAAGAUGUGCCGUCUCUAUGAAGACCAAAUGAAUGAGGCGAAAGCGAAGGCGGAGGAGCUCCAGAGGCAGCUAAAUGAAAACAACACACAAAGGGCUCGUGCACAGGCCGAGAGCGCUGAACUGGGCAGGAAGCUCGAGGAGCGGGAAGCCACCGUGUCCCAGCUCCAGCGCGCCAAGAACGCAUUCAGCCAGAACGUGGAGGAGCUCAAGAAGCAGCUGGAGGAGGAGAAUAAGGCCAAGACUGCCCUGGCUCACGCGCUGCAGUCGUCUCGACACGACUGCGACCUUCUGAGAGAGCAGUACGACGAAGAGCAGGAGGCCAAGGCUGAGCUGCAGAGAGCUCUGUCCAAGGCCAACGCUGAGGUGGCCCAGUGGAGGACCAAGUAUGAAACUGAUGCCAUCCAGAGGACGGAGGAGCUGGAGGAAGCCAAAAAGAAGUUGGUGGCCCGUCUCCAGGAGGCUGAAGAGACGGUGGAAGCUGCCAAUGCCAAGUGCUCCUCCCUGGAGAAGACUAAACAUCGACUCCAGACGGAGAUUGAGGACCUGGUCAUCGAUGUGGAGCGUGCAAAUGCUGCUGCUGCUGCUCUGGACAAAAAGCAGCGCAACUUUGACAAGGUGUUGGCCGAGGGGAGGCAGAAGUAUGAAGAGUGUCAGACAGAGCUGGAGACUUCUCAGAAAGAGUGUCGUGGCCUGAGCACAGAGCUCUUCAAACUGAAGAACUCCUAUGAAGAGACCCUGGAACAUCUGGAGACCAUUAAGAGGGAAAACAAAAACCUCCAAGAGGAGAUUGUUGACCUCUCUGAUCAAAUCAGUCAGGGAGCAAAAACCAUCCAUGAGCUGGAGAGGAUGAAGAAGGGCCUGGAGGUUGAAAAAAGUGAGAUUCAAGCUGCACUGGAGGAAGCCGAGGGCACUCUGGAACAUGAAGAGAGCAAAACUCUGCGAAUCCAGCUGGAGCUUAGUCAGAUCAAAGCUGAUGUUGACAGGAAGCUGGCAGAGAAGGAGGAGGAAAUCGACAACCUGCGCCGGAACCACCAACGAGCAUUGGAGUCAUUGCAGGCCACCUUGGAUGCUGAGGCAAAGUCGCACAACGAAGCAGUGCGUCUGAGGAAGAAGAUGGAGGGGGACCUGAAUGAGAUGGAGGUGCAGCUGAACCGUGCCAACAGGCAGGCUUCAGAGUCUCAGAAACUCCUGAGAAACCUCCAGGUCCAGAUCAAGGAUGUUCACCUGGAGCUGGAUGAGACUCUUCACCGUAAUGAGGAGCUGAAGGAGCAGAUGGUGGUGACAGAGCGCAGAAACAACCUUCUCAAUGCAGAGGUGGAGGAGCACAGGGCCCUUCUGGAGCAGAACGACCGUGCACGCAAGCUGGCUGAGCACGAGCUGCUGGAAGCUACUGAGAGAGUCAAUCUGUUGCACUCUCAGAACACUGGACUGAUCAACCAGAAGAAGAAGCUUGAGGGUGAUCUGUCCAUGCUGUCAAAUGAGGUGGAUGAUGCUGUGCAGGAGUGUCGCAAUGCUGAGGAGAAGGCCAAAAAGGCCAUCACUGAUGCAGCCAUGAUGGCAGAGGAGCUGAAGAAAGAGCUGGACACCAGUGCACAUCUGGAGAGGAUGAAGAAGAACAUGGAGCAGACGGUGAAGGACCUGCAGAUGCGCCUGGAUGAGGCUGAGCAGAUCGCUCUCAAGGGCGGCAAGAAGCAAGUCCAGAAGCUGGAGGCCAGAGUUAAAGAACUGGAAAAGGAGCUGGAAUCUGAGCAAAGUAAGAGCCAGGAGUACCAGAAGGGAGUUCGCAAGUAUGAGAGAAGAAUCAAGGAGCUCUCCUACCAGGCCGAGGAGGACAAGAAGAACCUGGUCCGCCUGCAAGACCUCAUUAACAAGCUGCAGGCUAAAGUAAAGAGUUACAAGAGGCAGGCUGAAGAAGCGGAGGAUCAGGCAAACAGCAACCUGGUCAAGUUCAGGAAACUCCAACAUGACCUGGACGAUGCCGAGGAAAGGGCUGAUGUGGCCGAAUCCCAGGUCAACAAGCUGCGGGUUCGAACCCGGGACCAAGGUGGCAAGCUUGCUGAGUGAUGCGAGGAGGAACGCCACGGCCAAACCUGUCACCGCCCGCCAGCUGCAACAGCUGUGCAUGACUGACACAUACAAA